AUGCAGGACUAUAAGAGAAGCAGUUACAUAGGCCGGGAGUUGCGGUUCAAGUCGGUAAAGCAGAUGUGUGUGGAGUAUACGAAGAUGAACAGUAGGUAUAUUCAAAUAUCGAGUAGAAUAUCGACAAAGGCAACGAUGAAGCUCUGUGACAUUACUGGCCUUCCAGCUUUGUACAGAUGUCCUUACACAAGGCUGGCAUAUUAUGAUUCUUCGGUUUAUAAAAGAAUAUGUGAGCUUUCAAGUGAGAAUGUUCAGAGAUUGUUCAAAUUGAAAGAGUUUGGAAAGACGCUUGUCCCGUUUAAGAAAUGA